GAUACACAGCACCUGUGCCACACUUGGCUGUGUACACAGGAAUGUGUGAGUCCCAGUCCACUGCCUCUCCAGGACUAAUGACAUUGCCCAACAGUGCUGUGUGCCCUUCCCCAAUAAGUGUAGCCAUUGACAGCACUCCAGCCUCUGAGAGAAGAUUUGAUGGAGGACCUGCCUCAUCUAACUUUCCAUCUAUCACUGAAAGCACAGAGGCAUCUGUAUCAGAAGAGAGUCAGCCUCUUGCCUCCAAGUCCCGUGUAGCGCUGUCACUUAGCAGAAUCCUACGGCGAGGAUGCAAUGCCCAAUCCAUGUUUGCCAGUCUCUCACCAAAAUGUGCUGUGACAGCAGGGGGAGGAAGAGUACAACCACUGGGAGUGGAGCAGCUAACACAGCCCCAGCCAAAAAGGAUUGCAAAUUUUUUCCAGAUCAAAGUCGACAUCCCACCUGAAUGCCGCAUCUACCCUAUUGAUUCAGAAGAUGAGGAGGAAGAAAGCCCUGGUGCAGCACAAGGGGGAGUCAAGGAAAUCAUAUGCCCUUGGGAAACUGUCACCAAACAUGAUGGUGCAGGUUAGAGGGAUACAUACCGUACAGGGAAAUGACAGACUUGCAGAAAGAUACACGUGUAACAAAGUGUUCAUCAUUUCCACCUAGGCAUGCUCUGGAAGAAAAUGUUUGAAGUAACAACAUGUCAAACAUGUUUGUAUAUCUGAUCGCUUUUAGGUAGUGCCUACAUGUUCUAGUAGCUGGUGGAAAAUAUGGUUGUGGGACUUUAUAUUAGUAUCUGCUUGUUUUGUUUGUGAGUAUGACAAGUUGAGGCCUUAUUUAGAAGAGCUUUCUUUUAGUAAAACUGUCAAGUUGUUGAGUAUUGCAAAGGUUUUGUACUUGUUUAUUAUUUUAUACUGAUCAAAGAUGCUGUGACAUGCACCAUUUGAAGAAAUCAUCAAUAUUUUCAUAAUUUCACUUAGUAUC